AUGAUCAAUAGCCUGGAUCAGAAUCGAAUGAUCACCAAUGGGAUGAUAUUUCAUGGCAUAAAUGCCAUAACGUGUACCCCACAGUUGAUGAUUGAUCUGUUUAAAACAUCGAGGAUCGCCUCUCUUAUCAUGAUUGACUGCGAAAUUCCUGUCAGGUUGGCCGAAUGGCUGGAGCGUGAAUUUGUCCCAACGCUGGACAAAUAUUAUAUUGGGUCUUCUCACAGCUUCAUCAAUUAUGGAGAUAACAAAAUCUUGACUGACGACUGGCUCACGGCACUGUUGCAGAAAAUGCAUGGCAGUGAAUCUGUCGAUAAAGACGACGAGUUCAUCAGUCUUGGCAUACCACAUCGAUUUUCCAAUCUUGGCUCCUAUGAGGAUCAAGAUGAAAUAACCAAAAGAUAUAUUGCACACCUCAUCAAAAUCCAGAAGAAUGCCUGCUGAUCUUGGCAAAUCUAGAAACCGAAACAUUGGUUGCGACGUCUUGCUAUUCGCAAGCAGACUAUUAGUUUUUUCCUUUUCAGUAGCUCCAUAAAUGAUAUCAAUAGCCGAUUUGCUUUACUAUCUUUGCAGUGUAAUAUGGCAAUACCCUAUCCUUCUUUCUUGGUGAACAUAUGGAGUUAGGUUUAGUCCGCUGCUUGUGCUUAUUCGAAUAUUUGUUAAUUGAAUCAUGUUGCUUUAGAAUAAGGAAUUGUGAAGAAUUUGUAG